UGCUAGCUGAGCUGGUUGCUAGAAGAUACGUCGUAUUGAGAAGUUUCGCCCGGUUUUUUAGGAUAAACUUAAUUGCAUUGACUCAGUUAAAAAAAAGGACUUUUUUUUAACAAAAAAACAGAAAUCCUGUUUAAUCGGGGUUUUCCACACCGUUAGCGUGGGCUGCUAGCUUCUCAGAAGACUGACGGAGCUCAGCUACAGGCCUGAAGGGAGUGUCUGCUGGAAAGAGACCAAUAUCUGUUCUCCUGAUGCCAAAAUAACGGAUAAACGUUGUUUUCUCUUCUGUGUGUGUUGAUGGAAUACAGUGAACAUGUCUAAAGUCCAAAAUCUGAGAUCUCUAGUGAACCAGAGACUGACUGCGGCAGCUGAGGAGAUAUUUGAGCUGUUUGAAAGAACGAUAGCAGAGUACGAGGAGCAACUAUGUCGAUCAAAAGAGAAUCAACACAAAUGCCUGGAGGCCGUUAAAAACCCUGAGGUGGAGUUACACAGAGCAGAUGUUCAACAGCUGUCAGUGAGAAGAGAAGAGGUUCCCCCUGAGCAACAGCAGUGGAGCAAGAGCCCAGAGCAGGAAAACCAACCAGAACCACCUCACAUUAAAGAGGAAUGGGAGGAACUGUGGACUCAUGAGGGAACAGAGCAGCUUCAAGGACAAGUAGAGGCUGAUAUCAUCAAGUUCACAUUCACUCCUGUCCCUGUGAAGAGUGAAGAAGAUGAUGAAGAGGAGCCUCAAUCCUCACAGCUUCAUCAGAGACAAAUUGAUCAGAUGAAAACAGGGGAUGAUGAAGGAUCAGAAGCAGCCAGACACUUGAAUCCACACGCUUAUUUACAACAUGCAACUCAUGACAAAACUCUGCAGUCCUUUGAAUCUGAGACUGAUGACAGUAACUGUGAUUGGGAAGAGACUGGGAAACCUCAGGAAGGUUUUAACCCCCUGCAAAACAAAGAUGUAUCUAUGAGUGAAAUGGGAUGUAACACUGGAGAUACAUCUUUUAGCUUCUCUGAGUGUGAUACAAGCUUUGGCGAAAAAGAGCAGCUACAGAUGGACAAAGGAAUCCAAACAGAAGUAAAACCAUUUAGUUGCUCACUUUGUGGUAAAAGAUUUCUGAGGAAGGCUUCCUUAACAAAUCACAUGAGACUUCACUCAGAGGGCAAACGUUUCAGCUGCCCGGUUUGUAAGAAGAGUUUCCAAUGGAGAGGAGAUGUUGUGGCACACAUGAGAAUCCACACAGGAGAGAAACCCUACAGUUGCUCUGUUUGUGGUAUAAAGUUUGCACAAAGCUCUACUUUGUCCUCACACUUAAGAAUUCAUACAGGAGAAAAACCUUUCAGCUGUGUGUUUUGUAAAGCAAGCUACAGAUUCAGAAGAAGUUUAAUAAUUCAUAUGAGAAGCCAUACUGGUGAGAAACCAUAUUGUUGUACAGUUUGCGGUAAAGCAUUUGGAGAAAGAGGGCAUAUGAGACGACACAUGGCUGUCCACACAGGGGAGAAACCAUUUAGUUGCUCACUUUGUGGUAAAACAUUCACACUGCAUGGCAAUCUGAGGCGCCACUUGGCUGUCCACACUGGGGAGAAACCAUUUAAUUGUACAGUCUGCGGUCAAAGUUUUGCACAGCAUGUAACUUUGAGCCGACAUAUGACUAUCCACACAGGGGAGAAACCAUUUAGUUGUGAUGUUUGCCAGAAAAGUUUCUCUCGACUUGAUUAUGUAAAAAAUCACAAGUGUGUUGGUGAAAGCAGCAGAACUACAUGAUACUAGUUAAGAUUAAGGGCAAGAAAAAUGUUCUACACUAAUGGCUCAAUUUUGAUCAAAAACUAGCUUCCAACAGUCUCUCUUCACUUUAUGUUUUCAACUAAGAAAAGCAACACGAACACAUUAACUGAUUCAAUUUGUUUAUAUAUUUAAAUCACUUCACAUGAACUUUUCAAAAGCUGGAGUAUUUGAUAUGUACAGUUCCCUUUAAAGAAUGGGUUCAGACCAAUUUUAAGACCUUCUCCACUCAGAACCCAUUGGCUGCUUAAAUCAGUUGUCAGCAGUGUUAAUUUUGUCGACUAAAACUAUUUGUCAACAGCCCUUUUUUCCAUGACAAAUACUAGACUAAGACGAACAAAAACAGA